AGACGCGGGUCCCUACACACCACAUCGCAAAAGUGCUCGGCGUCGUGGGUAAAAAUAAAUAUAUAGAUUCCGUAAAUGAAAAUAACGCAACGCGAGUGCAUAAAUAAACCGAAAACGUGUGUGUUAAUUGUGCCCUCGAAUACCUGAAGGCAGAGUUUUGGACAUGGCAGCCAGCGAAGCGCCACCCGCAGAUGCGUCGGUGGAGAUCCAUUUGCCGCCACCGGCCAAGGACCCGGAGGACGUCACCCUGGACGCCAUUCUGAAGCAUCUGGGGCAGUUCGGGCGCUUCCAGUUGAUCAUAUUUGCGCUGAUCUGCCUGCCGAUGAUGUUCCACGCCAUGUUCUCGGUCACUUAUGUGUUUACCGCUGCCACCGUGACGCACAGAUGCAGCAUCGCAGAGUGCGAUUUGCCAGAGAGCUCCUACUACGCGUCGCAUACGGAGUGGAGUAUCCCCAAGAAAAGCAAGGAUCUGGAUGCCUGCAAUCGGUACACCAACUCCGAACUGCCCAAUUGGAACCAAUCGGUGGGAGGGGACAUCUGCACCCCGGACCAUUUCACGACGAUUUCGGAAGCCUGCCCCGAAAAUGAAUUCGUCUUUCGCGAUAACGAAGUCACUAUUUCGAAUAGCUUCGGCAUUUUUUGCGAUGAUGAGUGGAAGCUAUCGAUGGUCGGAACCAUAAAUAACCUGGGGCAGUUCUUCGGCAUUCCCAUCGGUGGCUAUGUAGCAGAUCGAUAUGGACGCAGCUUCUCGAUCGCCCUGGGAGGCAUAAUGGGCGCCGUGCUGGGCGUGAUUCGCUCCUUUUCGCCUAGCUACGCGUGGUUCCUGGUGUUCGAGUUCCUGGACAACAUGACCAGCAGCACGCUAUACUCCACAUGCUUUGUCAUUGGCAUCGAACUGGUUGGCCCCAAGAGGCGAGUGCUGGCCUGCAGCGUGAUAACUGUCUUCUACGCGGUGGGCGAGGUGUUUCUUGCAAUGUCCGCCAAGGCUUUCCCUGACUGGCGCAUCCUGCUGCGCAUCACCUACAUGCCCUCGCUGAUCCUGCUGGCCUACUUCUGGAUCCUUCCGGAGAGCGUGCGCUGGCUGCUUAGCCAGGGCAAGGGGGAGCGGGCCAAGAAUAUCCUGCGUCGAGCGGCCAGUGUCAACAAGCGCGAGCUGCCGGAGAGCAUGCUUGACAAACUCGUCCUGGCUAAUCGGGACAAGUUACAGCAGUCGUCGGAGAGCCGCUUUCCCAUCCGCGAGGCCUUUAAGAACUUCAAGUGGCGCAUCGCCAACUGUUCCCUCUGCUGGAUUGUGCACGUGCUUGUCUAUUACGGACUGAGCCUCAAUGUGGUUCUGCUCGACGGAGACAAGUACAACAACUUCGCUUACAUCGCCCUGGUGGAGAUCCCAGGCUUUUUCAUGCCCCUACUCAUCAUGGAUCGCUUUGGCAGACGGUACUCCCUCUGCGGCCUGAUGUUGGCAAGUGGAGUCUGCUGCAUCGGAACGAUCUUCGCUGGCGCGGAUCAGCCUGUGCUGCAGUUGGUGCUGUUCCUCAUUGGCAAGCUUACAAUCACUGCCAGCUUUCAGGUGCUCUACUUCUUUGCCUCAGAGAUUUACCCCACGAAUCUGAGGAACAGCCUUCUCAGCUUCUGCUCGAUGAUGGGCAGGUUCGGUUCUAUGUUGGCCCCACAAACGCCCCUCCUGGCCAAGUAUUAUGCCAGUGCUCCCGCCAUGCUCUUCGCUGGUGCCGCCAUCGCUAGCGGGUUGCUGACCCUGUUCUUCCCAGAGACCACCAACGUCGUCCUGCCCACCACAGUGCAGGAAGCGGAUGCCAUCGGCGUCAAGAAGAAGCCGUCUCAGGGCAAGGAUCUCGAUCUAGUCGUUGCGGCAAGUCAAAUGCAGUAAUCAUUAACAUAAUCUUAUCCUAAGGCAGCCUGAAAAUACAAAGACAUUUAUCUUCAAAUGUGUUA